UCCUAGGUAUUGUGCUUCUGGCCUGAACCACGAAGGCAAAUGUAUCGGUUAUGCGCCCUGCGCCAACAUCUGUGAGAUAACUUCUCCAUACAGACUAUUUUCAUGAAUAUACGGGAAGUAAAGUGUAAACACCCGGGCUAGUUGAAGUAAUAUUACAUCCUACAUCAGCUGAGACGCUCGAUAAAGUUACUACGUCUCCGACACAAGACCCAAAAUAAAUCACAUCGCCCAUCCGGCUACUUCCUGAGACCAAAAUCCAGAUACGCUUCUGUUCACAUCUUUAUGAGGCUAACACGAGCGAAAGCGCUACAAGAAAAUCCCAGUGACCGAAUACUAGUCUUUCGCGGUCACACACUCACUGGACGAGAGAGCAUGGAAACGUUUAUGGUCACCAUUCGGUACAAGGAUAUCGCGCCCAAGAGACCUGUUGAUUACACAGAGGGGAUCGAACCCAUCGAAGACACUCAGGAAAAUGCACCUAUAAAGAAGAUAAAGCUCGUGUCAAAAGGGUUGAAAAUUCGGAUUCCUAGUGCUGCACUAUCCACGUCGAUUAGCAAAAACCCUGAUAUACCGCAACAGUGCUCCACGCCAGGGGACACGCAGCCCGCUAAACCGGAUUUUUUUGCUAGUUUCGAUGGUGACAGCUCUGAGGACGAGAUUUUUACGAAAAGCGAUGAGGAGUUACUAAAUCAGCUAUGUUCGCCUGCGGAUACCGUGCAGAACUCUGCCCCGAUCACUGCCCCGAUCACUGCCCCGGUCACUGCCCCGAUCACUGCCCCAAUCACUGCCCCGAUCACAACUCCUAAGGCACCUACCUUUGACGUCACUCUCAGACUCCCUCUGAGAAAAGCCGGGAUCACCCUUAACGUUGCUUCAGUCCAGAAAUCUAUAGAAGUACCGCAAUCACUAAAUCUCACUACCUCGGUAGCCUCGGAUACUUCUCCCACCGUUUUUGUAAAGACAGAGCACUCCACCAGGGAAAUCCCCCUAGCGCUGGCGCAGUCACCCACCACUGAUAUACUAGGACAGUUUACCCUGAUUCCCCACAAGUUCCUCACAGAGUUGGCGUUCGCAGGUCUUUCUCUCAGCGAGGAGGAUGCGGAAAUAAUUGAGGAAUCCAUCAAAGUGUCGCUAAAUGACUUGAUUUUACCCACAAAAAUCACAAAGCCUGUUCGUUCGUUCAAGUGUCGCCAUAUUCAGUGUUUUGACUUGAAAAAUGUCUGUGACUUGUACAACCUCAAACCGCCAAACAUCCCCACGGCCGCGGUCGCCUUUAACAAGCGACACUACGGCAUGUCAGUAAUGGCUUCCAAUCCCAAAACGUACAGCAAAAUCUCCAUGGCAAGGCCCGUCCCGGAGCCCCAGCCCUACACGUACACCAGCCGCAAGCAUGAGGUGAAGAGUGCCAAACCUCACAUCGAGUUGCGCCGCUGUCCUGUGUGCGACGUCAAGUUUGACUUUUACAAAGAUUUGUAUUAUUCAGACUUCUAUUACUACAUUUUGCCCAAGGUCAAGUACCGGGACGAUAUCGAUGUGUUUGAAAUCGUUCCAGAAACCGUGUCGUAUCGGUUUGUGCUAGAGGAGAAGAAGCCUCAGGUAGCAAAGAAGCUGGAGAGCACACCAGAAAUUAUUGAUUUAGACGAUAUCGACGAGAAUGAGGAUACAUCUUAUCUCUAUAGAAAGACACAGCCCCCGCCCCCACCUCCGCGUGCCCCUCCACCCCGCCAGAGCUACGCCAGCAUGCCGCUUGCCAGGCUUCCGCAUCCAGUCCACGGAAUGCGUCUGAUUGCUAGCGCAUAUAUUUUUGACUCAGAUGACGGUUUGGACGACGGUUUGGAUGAGUUGUUUCUUGGACUAGCAGAGAAACUGGGUGCGGUGGGCACCCAAGAGGACCCCCUUGUGAUUGAUUAGAAGAUUCAUUGUGCACAGAGACUAGCCACUUUGUUGGAUGAUACCAGAAAGGAUGGCUUCAUUGGCCAGUGCUCCUACCUGUCAUACACCCUCUGUAGCUUGUCAUGUCAGUCUAGCUGGUUCAAC